UUUUCUGAGAGGAUGGGAAGUCAGAGUAAGUUUUUCCACUGAAAAGAAACAUGGCAAGAGGUCAGCAGGCAAGCCAGGAGCUCACCGAGGUGUUUAACCAACUCUGGCGUCUGGAUAGCAACCGUCUCAGGCCGGGGACUGAUUACAUCAUUUCCCUUCAGGGGAGGGCAGGAUAUGUGGCCCAGGGCAGUAACUAUGCCAGAGACAGAGCCCGGGCUCCGCUCUUCACAUACGUCAACGAAGACAAACUCAAGAGCAUCGACACGUACGCGCAUUUCAUCAACUUGCUGGACAACUAUGAGGCGUCCACAGGUGUAUCGGAGACAGUGACGACAGAGGAGCUUCAAGAGAACAGGCUCUUUAUCGACUCCAUCAUGGAGACUGAUGUCAUGAAGUGUGCUCACAAGUAUCUGGUCAGGAAGGGGCAGUCGCCGUCAGACACAGCACAGUUCAAGAGACAGCUUUAUGACAUCUGGUUCCGCUUGUAUCACAGAGACAGGAACGGAGGUGAGGAUUCCUGUGGGUUUGAACACGUGUUUGUGGGAGAAACCAAGUAUGGCCAGGAGGUCAUGGGUCUUCACAACUGGGUCCAGUUCUACCUGCAGGAAAAACACGACCAUGUGGACUACAAAGGCUACAAAGCAAGAGCCAACAAAGAUACACCAGAUGAAGAUGACCACGUCCUGAACCUGCAGUUCAGCUGGAAAGGCUUGGUGAAGCCAGUCGGCGGCUCCUUUAUUGGCGUCAGUCCAGAGUUUGAGGUGGCUCUCUUCACCAUCAUCUUCCUCAUGGAGACUGACAAGAUGACGUCUGUGGUGGUGAAGGUGGACGAGUACGUGCUGGAGCUGGUUGUCUAUCGGCACGGCCGAUCCAUCGGCACAUCCUACCCCAAACUGCUCAGCAGCAACAACAGGGAUUUGUAAUGUUACAUCACCUAAGCUGUCAUAUAAAAAUAAUAUUUGCAACUAAUGUUACUCUUUGAUUUCAUUUUUAUGCAGUAUAAACCUAACACCGAUCUGGAUCAGGUUCCCUUUGCACUAAACUUCAGGCCUAAACUGUCUAGAAGUUGCAGCGUUUGUAGCCUAAACCUCCUGAUCUGGAUUGAUAUCAUGUAAAGAAUAUAGACUGUUAUUAAUCAUUUAUCUGCCUUAUUUUGUGAACUAUUAUGGGAACAAUAAAACAAUGUUUACAAAGUA